AUGGGAUACUCACAUGUUAAUGGAGUGCGUUCUUUCUUUUCAACAUACACUUGGUACACAUCAAUCCUGUUUCUUGCUAUCUACUUAGUUCUUAGAGAACCACAUCAUUUUACAGAUCCUUGUCCCAGUGCCACGCGCCCUUUCAAUUCCUCAAAGAAUCCUACUUACUUUGUACACAUAACUGAUGUGCAUAUCAGUCACAAGCAGGGUCGCAACAACAGAAAUUUCAUGAAUGCCCUUGAAUUUUCAAAGAAAUCAAAGACGAAUACUCUUAUUAACACAGGCGAUCUCGUUGACAAUUGGAAAUUCCAUGGCAAAGUAGUCAAAGAGUCAUCACAAAAUCUCCGCGAUCAAGAAAUUUAUCAGAAACUUUCCAAAGAUACAGGGCCAUUGAUUUCCUUAUAUGUUGACCAAUCUGGAAAUCAUGAUCUCUUUGAUGUUUACUCCUUUGGAAGCAAAAAAAUGCACUUCUUGAAAUAUUCAAAUUAUUAUUUGAAUCUUUCAAACAUUACAUACGAGAAAUACCUUGUUUCCACAGUCACAGCUGAAGACUGCAUCUUUGUCAUCAUCAAUCCUCAAUUAUUCCCUCCGAGCCGAGCCCUCACUGAUUUAUUCGUUUAUCCCAACCGUAAAAACCUCGAUACCAUUGAGAACGCGAUUAUAAAUGCCUGCAAGACCAACCUCUCUGUUGUUGUUUUGAAUCAUUUCCCUAUAGAUCAAUGGUUUUCGGUCAAAUCUUCUCUCGGCCACUCUUUCAAAGACAUGAUUUCCAUAUACGAUAUAUCAAUAGCUCUCGAUGGCCAUACUCAUCCAAGCAUUUUCCAUCCUCAGCAUCAUGGAACAUCUCUCGAAGUUAUUGGCAGUGAUACGAAACAACACAAUAACUUAGGAAUUGUCACGAUCGACAAUGGCAACAUCAACUACGCAGCAUUCAAGUGCAACAAUGAUCCGAAAGCCGUUGUUACAUACCCAAUUUCUUACGAUGUUGCUUCCCGACAGACAGUAUUCAAUAACCAGAAAAUCGAUAUCAGAGUUUUAGCGUUUACUGAAGAGCCCGUUAAAAUCUACGCCGACGGACAUUUGAUGGAGUUCGAUAGACUUGUCAAACCAGGCGUUUCAGUGUACCAUUACGAGAACACAUUCCCAUUUGGAAUGAAUACAAUCGAAUUUACGGGAUAUUUUGACAACAGAUUGACUUUUUACGUAGGAGAUAUUUUGCCAUCUCAUUAUGAGUUUUUAGGCAAUCUCUACAACCUUUUCUUCAGUGUACAUCCAAUCUUUAUCCUUCUAAUGAUCUCUUUCAUUACAAUUACGUUCCCAAUUCCAUUCGAAUUAAAAUAUGAGAGGAUAAAGAGGUUCGCACACGACAAACUCACAUGGAUAUUUAAUGGACAUUCGACAGUCCUCCAGUUCAUCCUUAAUUGCACCAUCUUCGGACCUUUAAUCGUAAGAUGGAGGUUUAAUAGGAUGCCUUUGUACGUGAGGGUCACAAUGUUCCUAGUGAUCUUCCUCCCUUACGUAUGCCCUGUCGUUGUACAGACAAUCGACGGACAUUUGGGAAUCCUGACAAUUUACGGUUAUUACAAUGGAGGACACAACACUCCAACCAUAUGGGGACCGAUUUUCUCACUCAUACACAUGUGGUUCGAGGUCGCUCCAAUAACCAUUUUCUCUUCAAUGCUCGCAUUGUCGAGUUAUUGGACAAACUGGUUCAUUUUGGAUUUCAUGUUCCUGUUUUUGGGUCUGACAGUUUGCUUCGGAUUCACGUACUUCAAGCUUUCUGAGGCAACAAAGAUCGUAUUUUGGGCUUCAAAUCCAUUGUUCGUUCUUUGUCCAAUUGCACUGCUUCUGAUGCUUGUGAUAUGGAGAAGGAUAGGAAAAAGACCUGAUUUCUCCGAUAUUGUGGUUGAUCAUUCGACAAAUGAAGAUUUAUUGACUUCUGAGGUUUGUCAAAUCAACCCUUUAGUUAAUUAA